AUGCUGAUGCGCUAUAUUGCUUCUGCGUCGGACUUCCCGGGCAGUAUCUUGGCCGUUUUUGGACUGCACUUAGCGCUUACUGGGGCCACCACUGUUGCUGGCCGGGAGUAUCUUGGUCAUCGCCUACUGCCUCCGGCUUUCCCGACUUUACUCGGGCCUCCCGCAUCAUGCUCUGCGGUGCCUGUCGGCCAUCCUGCCGAUGACCAUGAACGAUAUCGGCCACCACUGUUGCUGCUCGCCUAUUGGCUUUGUCAUUGGCUACCCAGUGUUCGCAGCCACAUUGCGGCCACUUUUUCUACUACCUGCUCUCGCAACACCCGGUCAUCGCCAGCCUCGAUUGGCUCACCCGCACCACGUUCUGUGCUGGCCCCCGAGUUGUUGGCCUCCAUCACAUUACCCCUCGGCCAUCUCACCCCGACAUCGGCGUCCAUUCAUCUUACACCCUCUAUCCUUGUCGCCCCGCAGCACACUUACCCCCGGCGGCCAUACCCGGCCUACGCCCGGCCUUACUUGAUUCGACAAUGCCACUAUCUGCGCUGGCCGCCGAGUUGUCACAUAGGUCUUCCAUUGCCUUGGCCGUCCGGCCUUCCGAGUCCGGCCUUCUUCGAUAUUCCCACGUGGCAGCGAAGUCAUCCUCGCCGUCGUUUGACCCCGACCUGUCCCCGACCCUCGCGUCCGCCUGCAGGGUUGCUCACCGCUGGCCUUCAACGCUACGCUCUGCGCUGGGCGGUGCCGGGUUGUUGCUUGCCCUUUAACACAUACUCCAUGGGCUUUGCCGUCCCGACUCCCGCCUCCGAGUCCGGCCUUGACAUUCGGAGUCCCUGCCCUGGCUCCGACUGGUCGCGCCUUAUCGCGGCAUCCCGCACGGUCAAGCAACCUCCCUUCCGCAAUGGUAUCCCCUUGCUGGCGGACAUGCGCACAUCAACGACGUUUUGCGCCGAUUCUGAUGGAGUUUCAAGGUCCACGCCGCCGGCAGGCAUACGUCCUGCCCUACUCGGAACACUACCAGGACAGUCUUUGCUCUCCCCUCAUCUUCCUCCUUUCCGCCUUGCUUCCGCCUCCUGCCCAGUCACUCCUUCAUCUCGCCCACCAAUCAACUCCGUCCUUGUUACCUUCACCCUUGUCUCUUCUGUUCUCACCCAUGGCUGGAUCGGUUCUGUUAGCGUUAGCGUGGGCGGCGCCAAGAAGCUCUUCAAAGGCAACGAGCCCACCGAGGAGCUGCCCAACGCUGCCUCCAGUGCCAUCCGCCAACAACCUCCCUGUUACCAAGUGGCCACCGUCGCUGCCGGUAGCAAGCUCGAUGUGUUCUGGCAGACGCUCACGGGCUCCGGCUUCUGGUUCCAUGAUGUUGGUCCCAUGAUGGCCUAUAUGGCGGACUGUGGCGGCAAUUGUGCUCAAUUUGACGCCAGCAAGGCCAAGUGGUUCAAAAUACAAGAACAGGGCAUGGAUGCGAGCGGUAAAUGGGCUCAGGCAAACCUUGACAAUGGCUCUCCAGCGACCGUAACCAUUCCGGCGAACCUCAAGGCGGGCAAUUAUCUCCUCCGACACGAAAUCAUCGCCCUCCACACUGCGCAGUCUCAAGGCGGUGCAGAGUUUUACCCUGGCUGUGUGCAGCUCAGUGUCACUGGCGCAGGCAAGGGUGUGCCAAGCGACAGCGAGACCGUCAAGCUUCCUAGCGCAUACAAACCGACUGACGCUGGGAUCCUCAUUGACGUCUAUAACAUGAAGGGCGCCUACAAAUUUCCAGGCCCAGCCGUGGCCUCUUUCAUUGGUGGUGGAUCUCCGGCCCCAGCACAGGGUGGCUCUGAUGAUAACACUACCGAGAAGCCGUCCUCCCCCGCCACCACAAAGAAGAGCACUUCCCCUCCUGCAAGCUCUACCACCAAGAAAGCUUCGUCUCCGGCUUCCUCUACCACGAGUGUCGCAUCCGCGGUACCGACGAAAUCUGGCUCAGCUUCCUGUCGGGCGAAACGUUCCCACCACCGCCGUCAAGAGGUUGUCGAUGUCCGCGAGGAAGUCCGUCGUUCCCGGGUUCGCCACAUGCAUCGGGCUGGCGUUGCCCGUUCCUUCUGA